AUGAGUCACUUGUCUUUGUCCAAGGAUGUUAAGACAGGUCCUGAGAUUGAGAAAGACACGAUCUCCACAUCUUUGUUGGAGAGAUCAAAAGUUGUCCAUGAUUUAAUUCCAAGAGACAAGGAGAUUUUAAACCCAAAGAAAGAAGGGCCAUCAAACCAAUGUCUUGAGGAACCAAGAGAAGGAGAGCCAUCAGUAGUAACCCACGUGAUGGACCAGAAGAUGGUUCAAGACACAAUGCAGUCCAUGUUGCUUAAAGAAGCAAAACCGGUCAUAAAAGUAUCCCACCAAGGUAAGUUUCAAACACCACCUUUGGAUACUAGUACUGACGUGUGUGUUCUUGGUACAGGUAGAACAAUUGAAAGCUAUAAGCUUAUAGUUCCAAACAAAGAACCAGACCCUAAGCUCAGCCAUGAACCCACUUCUAAGUGGAAACCGAAAUCUGAACAAUCCAUUGUUCAAGUUCCAAAACCUAUGGUAAGAUUCCUUUUAGAUAACCAUGUUCUUAAUAUUUCCAUGACAGAUAUAAUGCACUUGCUUUUUGUCCAGAAUGUUGAGAAUUUUUCAGGUUGCAAGGAAGAAAGCUUCAAAGAAAUCCCACCAGAUUAUCUUAUGUUGCUAGGAGGAUCAACUCCAAAGAUGAUCAGAAACGUGGCCACCAAAAAUUUGAAGGACCAUCCACUCCAGAAGAUAAGAAAUGACCAUGUCCAGAGCAGAAGCGUGAUCCAUUCCUAUUUUCUCAAAGGAGAACCACCUGAUACAAAUUCCAUUCCCAAACCGAAACAGUUCCAAGGUAAGGUUUUAGAAUCUCAAAAGAGGAUGAAAGCUGACUUGCUCUAUCUUGGUGCAGGUUACAUAGUUUCGAGGUCGAAACCUUGUCAAGAGGGAGGGGAUGUUGUGGUCACGAAAUCCAUGGUUCAACCAGAGUCUCACCUAACCUUCCAAACCGGCCAUCUAAGAGGUACCAGAGAUCGAGGUUCAGUCCAAGGAGGAUAUCUUGACAAGAAGGAGGAUUUUUAA